GUAAGAAAAACGAAUCUCACAAGUCAUAACAAACGCCUGCCUAUAAAUACCCAACAUCACAUUUGGGCACCCAUACUUACUACGUUUUCCAAAUUUCAUCUUUGCUAAAACUCGAAAGAAUAUCAGACAAUGGCAUCAAACGCUUGCAAAGUCCUUUGCCUUGUUCUCUUCCUCGCAUUCGUUAACCAAGGGUAUGGGGAUUGUCAUCUAAAUUACCUAUCUGUGAAACAAUCAAAAACCGGAAAAUUGGUUCAGAAUAAACCGGAGUGGGAAGUGAGAGUGACGAACCCUUGCAACAAUUGCAAAUUCCAGUACACGAAGUUGUCAUGUGUCGGUUUCCAAUCGGUUACACCCGUCGCUACCUCGUUGUUGUCAAAAUCCGGUGACAUUUGUCUCCUCAACGCCGGUAACUUCAUCUUUCCUCACGUGGACUUCGUUUUCAAUUACGUUUGGGACACAAGCUUCGACCUCAAGGUUAUCGACGGCGUUAUCGUUUGUCCUUAAUUUUUCUACCCGAAUUGUUUCGGUUUUGGUUCAUGUUAGCUAGGUCACAUGAAACUGAUGAUAUAUCUACUUAAAUGUUGUCUCAAUCAUUAGCCUAAGGAUUAAUAAAGAUGUUUACUUCACUAUUA